UACUAUGGGUCCUUCCCGAAAAGAAUUCUUGGUCUUGGGCUAUCUCCUUGCAGGGUCAUGCAUCAUCUCCUGCCAGAGUUUGCUUCCCGCCAUUCUCCCAAGUGAAGAGCAAAUGGUGGUGCAGCUGGAUGCCCCCUUCACUUUGAAAUGUUCUGGAGACAGCGAAGUGAGCUGGCAGCAUCCAGCCCCAGAGGGCAACCACUCCAUCACCAUCAGUAAUGAAGAGAACAACAGCGGCCUUUUCGUGACCGUCCUCGAAGUGGCGAACGCAUCGGCUUCCCUCACCGGAUUAUACAUUUGUUAUUAUAAUCAUUCUCAAGAGGAAGAUGGAGAAGUCGAAGGGAAAGAGAUCUACAUUUUUGUGCCAGAUCCAGCUGUUCCCUUUGUUCCAACCUCCCCAGAAGAUUUGUUCAUUGUUGCCACUGAGGAGGACAAUUCUUCCAUUAUCCCAUGUCGCACGACUGACCCUAACACUCAAGUCACUCUAAUGAACAGAGAAGGAAAAAUUCUGUAUGCCUCUUACGACAACAGGCUGGGCUUCAUUGGAAACUUCUCUUUGGGGUCCUAUAUAUGCAAGACCACUGUCAGAGCCAUCGAAUUCGAGUCUGGCGAAUUUUUCAUCUAUAUUUACAAAGCUCCAUCAUACCUUCAUGUUGAAAUUGAGUCCCCCAAGACUGUAUAUAAAACAGGAGAAACCAUUAUUGUUACUUGUGUGGUCUUGGAUAAUGAAGUGGUGAACCUAGAGUGGAAUUAUCCAGGGAAAGUGAAGAAUAAAGGAAUAAUCUCCCUUGACGACAUCAAAGUUCCAACCCAGAAGCUGAUUUAUAAUUUAACCAUUCCAGAUGCAUCAGUGAAGGACAGCGGAGAUUAUGAAUGUGCUGUUAGACACGUGACUAAAGAUUUUAAGAAAAUGGAAAGGAUUGCCAUCUACGUUCACGAUAAAGGGUUCAUUCAAUUGGAGCCCCAGUUCAAGCCGGCGGAGGCCGUCAAUCUACACGAAGUCAAAAACUUUGUCAUUUAUGUCUAUGCGUAUCCAGAGCCAAGGAUGUUUUGGCUGAAGGACAACGUCACGCUGAUGGAGAAUCUCACAGAGAUUGUAACCAGUUCCAAGCAACUCAAAGAAACCAGAUAUCAGAGUGUAUUAAAAUUAAUUCGUGCCAAGGAAGAAGACAGUGGAUAUUAUACACUCGUGGCACAGAAUGAGGACGAAAUUCAAAGAUACACUUUCUCCCUGCUCAUACAAGUUCCAGCUUUAAUUCGGGACCUGGUAGAUAAUCACCACGGCUCUGUUGGGCAGACAGUCAAAUGUUUGGCAGAAGGGACACCCCUCCCCGAUGUGGAAUGGCUGGUUUGCAAGGACAUUAAGAAAUGCAACAAUGACACCUCAUGGACACUCCUGACCAACAAUAUCUCUGACGUUACGGUGGAGACUCAUCUUGAUGAGAGGAACAUGGUAGCCAGCCAGGUGACAUUUCAGAAGGUGGAAGAAAUCAUGGCUGUUCGAUGUAUGGCUAAGAAUGACCUUCGUACUGUUACAAGGGAACUGAAGCUUGUGGCUCCUACAUUAAGAUCGGAACUCACAGUGGCGGCUGCUGUCCUCGUCCUCCUUGUGAUUGUAAUAAUCGCGCUGAUUGUCUUGGUAAUCAUAUGGAAACAGAAACCCAGAUAUGAGAUCAGAUGGAGAGUCAUUGAGUCGAUCAGUCCUGAUGGCCACGAAUACAUCUACGUGGAUCCUAUGCAAUUGCCCUAUGACUCAAGAUGGGAGUUUCCUAGGGAUGGAUUAGUGCUAGGCCGAAUCCUUGGUUCUGGAGCUUUUGGGAAAGUAGUGGAAGGAACCGCAUAUGGAUUAAGCCGGUCACAACCAGUGAUGAAAGUAGCUGUGAAAAUGUUGAAACCAACGGCAAGAUCCAGCGAAAAGCAGGCUCUUAUGUCUGAAUUAAAGAUAAUGACCCAUCUUGGCCCCCACUUGAACAUUGUCAACCUUUUAGGAGCCUGCACAAAAUCAGGUCCAAUAUACAUCAUAACGGAAUACUGUUUUUAUGGAGACUUGGUGAACUACCUCCAUAAAAAUAGGGAUAAUUUUCUGAGUCGGCACCCUGAAAAGGCGAAGAAGGAUCUGGACAUUUUUGGCAUGAAUUCUGCAGAUGAAAGCACGAGAAGCUAUGUCAUCCUGUCCUUUGAAAACAAUGGUGAAUAUAUGGAUAUGAAACAAGCAGAGACAACUCAGUAUGUGCCCAUGUUAGAAAGAAAAGACAAGUCGAAAUACUCUGACAUCCAAAGAUCUUUGUAUGAUCGGCCUGCUUCAUAUAAGAAAAAAUCUAUAUUGGAUGGGAAGAAUCUGCUUUCUGAUGAUAAUUCAGAAGGCCUCAGUUUGUUGGAUCUUCUGAGCUUCACCUACCAAGUAGCUCGGGGAAUGGAGUUCCUGGCUUCAAAAAACUGCGUGCACCGUGAUCUGGCAGCACGAAAUGUCCUCUUGGCUCAAGGGAAAAUUGUGAAGAUCUGUGACUUUGGGCUAGCAAGAGAUAUCAUGCACGAUUCAAACUAUGUCUCCAAAGGCAGUACCUUCCUUCCGGUGAAGUGGAUGGCACCUGAAAGCAUUUUUGACAACCUGUAUACCACAUUAAGUGAUGUCUGGUCCUAUGGCAUUCUGUUAUGGGAAAUAUUUUCUCUUGGUGGGACCCCAUACCCUGGCAUGAUGGUUGACUCUACCUUCUAUAAUAAAAUAAAAAGUGGCUAUCGGAUGACAAAACCAGAUCAUGCUACCUCUGAGAUGUAUGACAUCAUGGUGAAAUGCUGGAAUAGUGAACCUGAAAAGAGACCAUCUUUUUAUCACUUAAGUGAAAUAGUGGAGAGUCUGUUGCCUGGUGAAUACAAGAAGAGUUAUGAUAGAAUCCACUUGGACUUCUUAAAGAGUGAUCAUCCUGCCGUCACACGCAUGAGAGUGGACUGUGACAAUCCAUAUAUUGGUGUCACUUACAAGAACGAGGACAAGAUGAAAGACAGGGAGAGUGGAUUUGAUGAACAGAGACUCAGUGCAGACAGUGGCUAUAUAAUCCCACUGCCUGAUAUUGACCCUGUAUCAGAAGACGAACUGGGGAAAAGGAAUAGACACAGUUCUCAGACCUCUGAGGAAAGCGCCAUCGAAACCGGAUCCAGCAGUUCUACGUUCGUGAAGCGAGAAGACGAAACCGUGGAUGACCUUGACAUUAUCGAUGACAUUGGCAUGGAUUCCUCAGAACUAGUUGAGGACAGCUUCCUGUAACUCUGGAAAGGGGGGCGGACAACUUUGGAGCGGUGUAAAAUGAAAAAGGCAAGAGGCAAGAUCAAAAUAAUGACUCGUGAACUUUCAGUUUUGUAAGGAGAAGCACUCCGAAAAAAGACGGCGAAGACCUGCCAAAUGCUCAUGUCCCUCAACAAGUGGUCUCACAAUCUCCCUUGGUUGGUGAAAAACUUUGAGAAGCCAGUUGUCAAGCAUCCUUCUUCCUUUGAAGUACUCCCGUAGCGGCUCAACCUGUGUUUGCUAUUUCAGCGGAUGGAUGAAUAAAGAAAACAGCCACGGGUACUUCAAUUUGUGUUUCAAGGGCAUUCAUAUCUCAGACGGAUAAAAUUUCUACUACGGUGAAUCAUUGUCAGUGUGAUUGUGUAAAUACCUGUUCCUACCAGGAUAUAUAUAUAUUUUUUUUUAAAAAAGAAGACCACUUAAGACUUUGGCAUAUUUACUUCCUGAAGUUUAUAUAAGCUGCUGGUGGAUUAGCACCUGAGACGAAUUACAUAUCAAAAAGAAACCACUUUUGGAAAGCAUGAAAUGGAUUAACACGAAGUAAUGUUUUAUUU